CGAAUAGCCGCAGCCUACUUCGUGGUGGUUUAUCUUUUGGAAACGUUUUUUAUCUGACCAACAGUCUAACAGCAAAUCGUGAAUUUUUAAUUUUAAUUGAGCAAAGUAUAUCCGGCGUAUUUUGAAAUACCAUAUGUACUAUAUCAACAACGAGAAAGAUGUGGAUGAAGCCACAAGAAGUUUUGCUGGCCAAUGCCCUUUGGGUGACUGAACAGGCGACCGUUUAUUUCGUCCUGCAGAGGCGAAAAGGUCAUGGAAAGACAAAAGGUCUAACUUCGAUUUUGGUUGGAACACUAGAUAGUGUUUUUGAUACGAAGCCACCCCCAUUUAGAAUAUUACAUCAGACUCCAUCGUCGGACGUUUACUGGAUGAUAGCCUGUGCUCUUACAGAGAAAGAUAUUGUCAAAGAUUGGGAAUGGCUGCAUGCCACUUUAACCGAUACCCUAAAAUCCUUUGAUACAGAAGAAGAGAUAACAGAUUUUGUAUGCUGCAAAAUCCAGUCUAUCAUAGCUAAUAAUGUACCGGAAAAUCAAAUUGCCGAUGAAGAAGAUCCGCAAUCGUUUAAGACAGUCUCCUUCAAGUUCCACCAGCACUUUAAUUUUCCACAAGAUGAAAAGCUGGUGAACUAUUAUUCGUGCAGUUAUUGGAAAUCCCGAUUCCCGAGGCAGGGAUGGCUUUAUCUCUCUGUGAAUCAUAUGUGCUUCUAUGCCUACAUUCUGUCAAAGGAGACAAAGCUUGUUGUCAGAUGGGCAGACAUCACAGAACUCAGCAAAACCAAUUCUAUUCUAUUCCCUGACAGUAUUCGAGUGGUAACUCGUGAUAAUAAAGAGCAUUACUUUUCCAUGUUCCUCCAUAAAUCGGACACUUUUUCAUUAAUGGAACAGCUUACAAAUAUUGCUAUGAAAAGAUUAAUUGAUGAAAAAAGUGGUUUCAAUGAAGAUAGAGAUCUCCUAAAUAAAUUAAGAUACACGUUUGUUCACAGCAAAAACGUGCCUAAAAAACCCUCAUUUUUGAAGAGAGACCUUGAUGCACGAGCCCACUCUGAAGUCUAUAGGCUGCAAUUCAGGUUGCCGGGCAAUGAGAAGUUAGACGGUAGCAUUGAUGCGACUUUGUGGACUCCUUACAAUAAAAGACACGUUUGGGGGAAAAUAUAUUUGUCUCAGAAUUACCUUUGCUUCGAAAGUAGAGUUCGUCGCAUGGUUACUCUUGUAAUUCCUUUGCGCGAAGUACGAUUAGUCGAAUGCGCCGAAAAUCAAGCUUCAAACGCAGCUGUAGACAAAUCUGUCCUUGUAACGACGUCAAGAUCAUCAUUUUUAUUUGCACAAAUUCACGACAGAGAUUUUGUUGUGCAAAAAAUAUCAGAACUAUUGGCUAAGACUAAAAUAUCCCAUCUCACAGAGCAGCUGACUUUCCACAACAGUGUAACAAGCGAUUUGAGCAACUACGAAGAGGUGGAACCUUUAGAAUGGUCACCGCAACCACCUUUGAUGACUUUAUUCAAAGCACCUCUGAGCCAAGAAGCUGCAAUUAAACAAGAGACGAAAGAGAAACAGUGGGAGUUACACUUUGCAGAAUAUGGAAGAGGAAUUACUAUGUACAGGACUACUGACACAGCAAAAUUGGUUAUUCAGGGAGUACCUCAAACGCUGAGAGGGGAAGUGUGGCUUACAUUUUCUGGUGCUAUAAACGAGAUGACGAUGAAUUCUGGCUUAUACAAAUCUCUCGUCGAUCAGUCGCUUGGAAAAUCGUGCCAAGCAAAUGAGGAGAUAGAAAGAGAUUUGCACCGUUCUUUGCCAGAACACCCCGCCUUUCAAUCCGACACUGGUAUCAGUGCUCUCAGGCGAGUUCUGUCUGCGUAUGCCUGGAGAAAUCCUCAGAUCGGGUAUUGCCAAGCUAUGAAUAUUGUCGCUUCUGUUCUCCUCAUUUAUUGUUCUGAAGAGGCAGCUUUUUGGCAACUAUGCAAUGUAUGCGAAUCUCUACUCCCUGAUUACUAUGACCGCCGAGUUGUUGGUGCCCUAGUCGACCAAGGUCUCUUGGAGGAGUUAGCUGCUGAACAUUUACCGGCACUGCACGCCAGGCUGCAAGAAUUGGGUUUAAUCAGAGUCAUUUCACUUUCGUGGUUUCUAACAAUUUUUCUAAGUGUAAUGCCUACUAGCAGCGCUGUGAACAUAAUGGAUUGUUUUUUUUAUGAUGGAGCAAAAGUUAUUUUCCAGAUAGCGUUAACUGUUUUGGAAUGGAAUCACGACAAAUUAUUGAACUGCCGUGAUGAUGGGGAAGCUAUGCAGCUGCUAACUGAUUAUCUCGGAGGGGUUUUCAAUGACGAAGGUCCGAUUUUACCGAGGCCCGUCGAUAGUUCGGUGCCAAAUAGGAGUAUAUCUGUGCAAACUUUGAUCUAUGAAGCUUACUCGAGGUACGGCACUCUGACAAUAGGAGGAAUCGAGCGUCUACGACUGAAGCACAGGCUCAGAGUAGUGCAAAGUCUUGAAGAUGGCAUAGAAAAAAAUGUAGUGAGAAGUGUCGUUGUAGAUAAAUAUAUGGUCUCUGAAGAAUUGCAGGAAUUGCUUGGUUUAGUGAGAGAGGAAUUGAUGAGCCAAAGAAAAGCUGAACCUGAUCGAUACGAUCCCACACAGCCACCCUACGAAGCAUACAAAGUAGACUUUGAGCUUUUCAGAAUACUUUUCGGAGGUUUAUCUCCAUGGGGCAAGUGCACCCAAGCCGAAUCUCUUGCUGCAAGACUAUUUCGUCUAAUGGACCGCAAUCACGACGGACUUCUCAAUUUUCGAGAAGUAGUUCAAGCGAUCGGAAUCACCGCAACAGCAGACUUGACUCAGAGAUUGAAACUUUUGUACACGCUUCAUCUACCACCAUUAUUGACUGCCGUUGAUUUUGAAUCGCCUGCACAUCCAGAUGGAGCAGAGGUGGCAGCGGAAGCCACAGACUUCUUCGAUAGCAUGGAACAGAGCGCAGCUUCGUUAGAGAUGCCAGCAAGUUUAGUUGAAGACUUGCAAGGAACCUCUUUAUCCAGAUCUGUGAGUCUUAAUAGUCAACAGGGCGAUCAGUCAUGGGAAAUUCAGAGUAUGGGCAGUCUUCGAUCAAUGGUUGCAUCCAAAGAUAGCCCUUUGAAUUUAAAAACUGUACCAAAAAUGUCUCAACCCCAUUUCAUUGCCCUGUGGAAAACCCUGUACGACAUGUUUCAAGCACUCGACCAACCGGAAGAGCAGGAAACUUACCAUUCAAUUGCUACGAUAGGCACUCUUCUACUUCAGCUGGGAAAUGUUGGCAAAAAGUUUGCAGCUGAGAGAGAAGAAUCGGAAGAUAGUUUGCUUGUUGCUGCAUCUUUGGCACAACCUGAACUCUUGUCAGCUCAAACUCCUCCUGAUCGCAACGGUAAUCCUUCAAGUGUGAUUUCUUCAGCUGAUCCUGAUUGGUCAAUAACAGUAGAGCAGUUUCUAGCAUCUGCAUUGACUGGGCAGCCAAUCGUGGACUUUUUCAGUAAGAGAACUGAUCUUAUGGAGGCGAUAACAACUUUGAGAAAUCGUAGAUUCAAUCGAGUUCACUCUCUUUCCGAUACGCCUGUGAUCAACGUAUGACACGUGACGGAUCAUUAGUGCAAAGAUUCCCCUUAUAAUGAUGAUAUAUUUUAUAAAUCAUUUCCGGGACAUUACAAACAAAAUUUGAAAAUUAUUGAAACGAAAUUUAGCCAUCAUCUCACCUUAGAAGUACAAGAUUCUAUAGAUCCUGAUCGGAUACUGGCGCGCAAAUAAUGUUAAUGCUAGAUAAGUACCAGUCUUUUGGCAUUUAUGGCAAGAAUCCAAUUACUUGGGUGUCAUAAAUUUUUCUUCUUGAUAACAGAGACCAAUUCAGCAGAAUUUCUCCAGUCUCCCUCAGAAGUGUAUAGAGUUAAAACUGAAAUACAUUCAUUGAUGUUUAUCGCAAGAGAUUAUAACCAUUCAGAACUAACAUCAGACUUGAUUUUGUUAAUCUGCAAACAGUCCUCAUUUACUUGAAGAGAGAUGAGUUUAAAAUAGUAGUAAUUGUUGGAUUAUAAUGCUGAACUAUCAAGUGAUGGUAACAUUAUUUUUGUAAAAGAGUCACCAGGAUAUAUUUUGCUAAGUAAUUAUUGAACACUUGGUAGCGUGAACUGCCUAAUUAGUGGACAAAUAGUAUCCAAUUAUUUCGUCGAAUUUUGAUUAGACGUUAAAAAUGUAAUAAACUAGUUACCAAUUAUUUUUAUUCUGGGAAUCAUUGAACGUUAGUUAACUACUUUCGCAUAUGCGAAUAUGAAAUCUCAAUGAUCUGAUGUUACAAUUCGUAAUAUCUGAUAGUUUUCAGUGUACUUCAGUUUGGAUUCAUCAACCCCUUGUUCGGACGUCUCAUUAAAUGUUUAACUAUGUUCGACACAUAUCGCUUAAAAAUUAUUAUUUGGCCUCAUAACGAUGUUGAACCUCCUACACUAAUCAAAUUGAAUAUAGUAGAUUAUUCACCUUAUACCAAUGAAUGAAAAGUAACUAUCAACAUUCGAUUACUCCUAAGAAUAUCAAGUUUUUUAAGAAAUUUUUGCUACAUGAGAAAAUAGUACUGACGAUAAUGGGAAAAAUAUGCAAAAUAUUAUACGGCAUGUAAAAAUUUAGUAUGAAUAAAAAAGUAACUAUCAAAGAUACCUUUGAUAAUGUUGAAAAAUUGAAAUUUCUGAAAUCUUUAUAAAAUUCACUAAAAAAUUCUGCCAACAAAACAACUUGUUGGAAUCGAGUUUAUCAUUCUAUUCUUCCAGAAUUCCAUAACGUGUAAAUGAUGAAAAUUGAAAAAAGUUGCUUAUCCAUGACUGGAAUUGAUAGAUAUCAGAAAUGUUUGUAUUCAUUCAUAAUUAGCAAUGGUAUUCAGGGUUCUUAGUUUAUGGAUUUCUAGAAGUACACUAGGUAUGUACGAUAUGUACGACAGUGACGUAAUUCCGAGGCAAAUAUCUGUCAUGUAUAAUAUGUGUACAUAAACAGAGCUUUAUCAAAUUCAUUUCAUGCAUAACGAAUAUAUUAUUUUAUCAACCAUGUAAUAAAAUUAGUAUUCUUAAUA